UGCAUGACCUACUUUCGCGGCAAAUGCGUCAUGGGAUCUCAUAAGUCAGUUCAUUCAUAACAAUUUUAAAGAGAGGCGUUUCACUAGACACAUAUAUAGUUAAUUUAAAGACUUAUUUUAUUGAAAAAAGUACCAAGGACGUCGAAUCACAUGAUCUAGGUUAGCCAAUGAGGGUCUUCACCGCACCCUGUUUUGGUUCAAGGUCAAAGUACACGAAAAUGGCGGCUGCAGGCUCAUGGACAAAGGUGAUUGAUUUAGACCAACUGUGACAUUAGACGUCCAUCGCCGCGUCCCAUUUUACCAUCCGUGGAUGCCUUAACAUCUCAGCAUCAGGGCCGUAUGUUAACUGUUAUAUUCCUUAUGUGAUAAGGCGAGUAAUUAUUUGACAGACUAGUAUUAAUGGCAUCAUUUCAUGGGUUUGGAGGAGAAUAACACAUGCGAUGUCUCUGAACAGACUCCUCGUAGAGCCUUAACCAUCGAGCGGUAUGCUCUCCAUAAAAGUGCAGACAAAGCUAAGAAGCUAAUGGAUCGACUCAGGCCGACACGCAGAGACUAUGAGAACCUUGAUCGACAACCGCUGUGGACAGCUAUCUUUGAUUACAAAGCCACCAGGGCAGACGAGCUAACCCUACGACGGGGUACCCAGGUUGAAGUUCUCUCCAAAGAUGCCAAAAUAUCCGGAGAUGAGGGCUGGUGGACGGGUCGUGUUGGUGCCAAAGUGGGAAUAUUCCCGUCGAAUUUUGUGCAGCAGACGGCUGUGGUUAAAAAGAUCUCUCCAGGUUCAUUCAAGGAUCGACCGUUUGAGAUUCAGUUUGAAGAACUUAAAUUAUCCGAAGUCAUUGGAGUUGGUGGGUUUGGGAAGGUGUACAGGGGAGAGUGGAGAGGUAUAGAGGUGGCAGUGAAAGCAGCAAGACAAGACCCCGAUGAACCUCUAGAGGAGAGCAUUAAAAAUGUGAAACAAGAAGCCAAACUAUUUUGGCUGUUGAACCACAUCAAUGUUGCAGCAUUGAAAGGAGUUUGUUUAAAACCACCCAACUUAUGCCUUGUUAUGGAAUAUGCUAGAGGUGGUUCAUUGAACAGAGUGCUCAAUCAGCCAGAGAGACUAAUACCCCCUGAAAUUUUAGUUGACUGGGCCAUACAGAUUGCCAGGGGAAUGUACUAUUUACAUGAAGAAGCACCUAUACAUAUUGUGCAUAGAGAUCUCAAAUCCAGCAAUAUUCUACUCAAAGAGCCUAUUGAAAAUAAUGACUUGGAAAAGAAGACACUUCUUAUAACAGACUUUGGGUUAGCCAGGGAAGUAUACAAGACAACUAGGAUGAGUGCUGCCGGGACAUAUGCCUGGAUGGCACCUGAAGUCAUAAAGUCAUCCACAUUUUCAAAAGCUAGUGAUGUUUGGAGUUAUGGUGUAUUACUAUGGGAGCUUCUGACAGGAGAAGUGCCUUACAAAGGAAUAGACACUCUGGCAGUGGCUUAUGGUGUGGCUGUGAACAAACUCACUUUACCAAUUCCAUCCACAUGUCCUGUGCCUUUUAGCAAGCUACUAGAAGACUGCUGGCACCCGGACCCUCACUUUCGACCAACAUUCCAAGAUAUCCUUGAAGAAUUAGUGGAUAUCCAGGACUCAGACUGGCUGGACCAACCUCAAGACUCCUUCCACUUACUUCAGGAAGACUGGAAAGUAGAAAUUCAGGAAAUGUUUGAUGAACUAAGAUCAAAAGAAAAGGAACUUCGAUCUAGAGAAGAAGAGCUCACCAAAGCAGCACUACAACAAAAACUUCAGGAGGAGUUUCUAAGGAAACGUGAGCAAGAGCUGGCAGAGCGUGAGAUUGACCUGCUGGAACGGGAACUCAAUGUCAUGAUUCUGCAACAAGUGAUGAGCAAACCCACACCCAAGAAAAGGAAAGGGAAAUUUAACAAGAAGAGGCUCAAGCAAUUAAAACACGGACAGAUUAGUGAGCCCUCAGACUUCAGGCACAAUAUCACUGUCCAGCAGGAAACUCCCUCAAGAAAACCCUCCAGUCCAGACAGCCCACCGCAGUCUCCGGUCUUUCCACCAAGGUUAAGAGCAAUAGCAUACCCAGCAGAUGGAGUGAAAGGUAAAACUUGGGGACCAAGCACUGUGCAAAGAGAUCGGCAUCAUCGGCACUCCUGGAUAUUCUCCAAUGGUCAGUGGUCUAAGAGUGCCCCGAGUCUGGAGAAGACUCUACGUCAACUUGGUCCAUUUUCGUAUGGAGGAGCUCUUCAGGAGCUUGACUAUGAAGAUGAUGAAUGGCCAGACACUCUAGGGGAGACAAAAUCUCGGUCUAUCAACUUCCCUUCCAGCAUGGAUACCACCAUCACUGCCUCCACCAUGCCACACUCUACCAUCAAUACCUCUGCAACACCAACAUCCUCAACGUCUAGUUUGAAACGUUUUUUCACUCGGAAAAAGAGAGACCAGGUCUUGGUCAAUAUUGCUGCCAUGUUAGGCUCAGUGGCAGCAGGAUUUGAUAUCAGGAUUUCAAAUACGACUGCAAUACAUCCUACUCUAAGUCACACCAGUGAUGAGGACAGUGUGCCGCGAAAACGGGAUUCUUUUAUCGGUCAAAGGCGGGAUGCUUAUUUGGCAGCUGUGAGGGAUUCCUUUAUCGAGCCCUCCUUUGUUGAUCAGGAUGAUGAGGAACACUUCUAUGUUAAUGCAUAUGAGCAUCAGAGCAGGUCAGGGUAUCCUUUUCAUACAUGGAGUGGAGUGCAGACCAAGUACCGGCCUGCCAUGAAUUUUGAUGUCCCUAUUCGUUUUGAGGAAACUGCCACCACAAAUGGGAGAGGUAGUAACAAUAACUUGGUAGAUCAGAUCAAUGGAGUCAAUAGUCCCGCGUCAUCCACCACCCCUUCUCCUUCUCCUCGGAAACUGUCAGAUGAAGCAGACCCCAAUCUUGUUUCUUUAUAUCAGCGUCAGGCCUCAGACACAAGUUCUUCAUACUCAUCAAACUAUGAAACGCCUCGCGGUACACCAGUUACUCCCCAGUCAAUGGUUGUGAAAUUUGAGGAAAAAAGCAAAACUUCUAGUAGCAGCAAACCUAUGAGCCCUUCACGGAAAAAAUCGACUACAUCUGAAUCAUCAACUCCUCCAAAUAAUAAGAGGAUGACUUAUGACAAUGAAGCAUUUGUCUCUAGUACAAAGGAGCUCCACCGAGCCCCACUUUCAAUUCAGGAAUCCAAGUAUGACAAACGGCCACCUAUGCCACUGCCACGACAAAGGUCAGCAGCUAGAGAUCCAAAUCCUCCUCCUCCUCCUCCCCAUCAUCAGCAACCUCAUCCGGAACGGCCUCAUCAGCUAGACAUUGUUCCUAAACCAUCUGGCUCAAAUCGGCCAAAUAGACCAAAAUAUCGCUCGCCUUACUCAGGGCGUAGCUCUUCAACUCCAAGGGAUCCAGAGACCUUGUAUGUGAAUUCACCAUAUAUAGAUGCAAGGUCACGUUUCUCCCCUGGAGGCUCACCGCCACCCAUGCAUCACCAAAAAACUUUGUUAGACAUUGAUGUCGAUGGACAACAUGAAGACUGUACAGCACCAUUGACAAUGCAGCAUGGCUACUACAAUAAAAGGAAAGGAGGAAGAAAAUCUUCUAGGUCUGCUGAUAAUAGAAGGUGAUUCAGAAAUGGGUUGGCAGGUGUAUUGGCCCUAUAUUGGUAUUUCAAAUGAGCCAGAUCAAACAUAUAUAACCUGGUAUUUAAUGAGAUUAAUUUUUUGUAUUUUUUAUUUGAUUUCAUUUGCUUUCCGUCACUUGUGUUAAGUUCAGUAACUUGUGUGUAAUACUUGUUAAGGGCAGCACACUGAAAUGGAAAAUCUACAUCAUGAAAUGUGCCUGAAUAUAACAGGGUGUUACUUCUUGUGGUCUUAGGAGCUAGAGUUUCCUUUCUGAACUGCAGCAAGUUCAAGUUAGCUGGAGGUACACCCUUAGCACAAUGCAAUGGGUAACUUAAACGUUGAUUGCUUAGACAUGGGGAAAGUUGUAUCAUGAACUGACUUGACAUUGGUGUUUUUCAUCACAAGUUAGUAAAAUUCAAACUGCAUAGUCUUCACACAUGGUAAACACAGCUGUAACAACUUCUUUGAAUGUAGGUAGUACAAAUAUAAAUUUAGUUUAUUUAGAAAUCUCGGUGAAGGUGCAAAAAAAAAGAAAAAAGAAACAAGGCUAAUAUACUUCUGUAUGUAUAUUUGUUUUGAUAUUAAGACCAGUAUUUUUGGAAAACAUGUUACCUCAUAUACUUCAUAUCGUUUCAUGUAACAGUUUUCUUUCCUAUGAUAACAUUGGUGAUAUAAACAUUAAUUCCAAGAAUAAGAAAGGUUUGUUACAGCUUCUGAAAACAUUUUGAUAAUGAUAACAGUUGAUUCCUGGUUUUGAAUUUAAUGCUUGUUCAACUGACAAUAUGAAAAGACAAUUUGUUAUGUAACCAUAUUUAGAUAUUUGUGUCACUUUAAGUCAUUUGGUUAUAAAUGGGUACUUAAUGAGGUAUAUCUCAGCUAUGGAGGGGAACGGAGAAUGUUUAUGAAAAGAUUGAGCAGUUAAAUGAUUAGAAAUCAAACUGAAUAUGGAGAGUUAUUGUGGAGUUUUUGUAGACUGUAGUUGUGAUCUUCAUGGGUCAGGCAAAGCACAAGUGUUGUAAGGACUGAUCUGUAGUAAGACUGUAUAAAGCUGUUUGAUAUAUGUACAAAGAUCUAAUAUAAUAUAAUAUAAUUUUUGUAUAUUAUUAAACCAAUUUGAAGCACUUAAAAAGUCUUCCCUUGUACUGACAAAAUUUGGGAUGAGAAGCAAGUAGUAAAAUGAUAAUAGUGAUUAUUUACUUAUUGAGUGAAGGUCUUUCUGAUCUUACUGAUCAUAGUUUUGAACAGAUUUUUUCUGUCACUGAAAUUUGUAAAAAAAAAA